AUGGAUGCUGAGAAUUCAGAAAGCUCUAGAGAGUCAAGAUCCAGAUCUGCAUCUCCUCACAAUGAUAGUGACAGUCCAGCUGAACAACCAGCCAGACAAAGAGGUCGUGGAAGAGGCCGGGGUCGAGGUCGUGGAAGAGGCCGGGGUCGAAGUCGGGGAAAUGUAGUUCGUCGAGCUAGAGGAGGUAGGAGGGGAAGAGGAGUCCAAAGACCUAUUGGACCAAACAGAGCCGAGGUAGCAGCUGCCACACUCGAGGAAAGAAAUCAACAACUUCAGGAACGUAUAUCACGGCUGUCUGAAGAUGAUUUGAGGGGACUUGUUGGCCGGAUAGUGACCAGAGACCCUGCCUUUGUCUUUGAUCUACUGGACCAGGAGAACACUCAGCAAGGUGGACACCACCCUGCCCCUGAUAGUCCAACUCCAGACUGGUGCACCUGUACUUACUGUCGCCAGAUGCCCACAGAGGCUGAGAAACUCUGUUGUGGUAGAAACAGAGAAAAUUGUUAUUCCAGGAUACCAGAUUUCAACCUGAUUGUGCUUGAUGAAGCUGUACUUGCUGUUGCUAGAAGGUUCAGAGAGGAACUGCUAGUAAUGCCAACGGAUGCAGACUGGAACAAGGCCAACAGACAUCAAGGAUACAGGCAGUAUAUCCUGUGGACUCAUGGACGAUUAGGAGCUGGGGAUAGGAGAGUGAUACCUUCCUGCUGUGUCUGGAAGAUUAGAGACAAAUACCCAGACCCUUUUGGCCAGUACACUGGAUUUGUUCCUGGAAGAUUAGGAGGAUAA